AUGUUCCAGUUGCCGAACUUCAACCGUGGCGGUGCUUCGCAGCCUUCGCUAAAGCCAGUCCUGCAGUCGAGAAAGAAGAGUAUCCUAUGGGAACACUUCCAGACUUCCAGAAAGCACAAUAAGAGGCUUUAUUAUCAGAUCUAUCCUCCGAUGAGUACGGUGGAAGGAACUAUUCCUCUCUUUGACCUUCUGCAAAUGAUAGAAACACUUGCAGAGAAGAUUAGCAAUUGGCUCGACUCACCAAUCUCACCUCAAUCGAAGCGCGGGAUGGACAAUUUCCGGCUUUCGAUGGUACGGAUCAAGCGUACCUCAUGUUCUGGUGCGCGUGCACACGCGGCACAUGAUCGGGACGACAUCAAAGCUGCACUUCUACCUAAUACCGAGGUUGAGACAUGGCCUCCUAUCAAUUCGUUGUCACAGAGGGUAAGCAUAUUCAUCUUCUACUCCCUUCGGGUUUCGUGUUCUAAGACUUUGGUAGCCUCCGGGAAGAGGGAAGAGAUAUGUCUAUAUCUGGCACUGUUGUGCCUGCGGAGAGACUGGGAUUGGGAUUAUGACAGAAUCGUGUCCAGGUUGUGGGGAUCCACGUCCGAGUCCCUCUUCGCUUAUCUCCUUCGCUCUAAGAAUGGGGUAAGAAAGGGGCUAGAUCCGGUCACGUGCUGCGAGCUAAACCCCGAAAUUCGAAGAGCGCGUCUCGGACAUCAAGCAACGACUCUUCUCAGUGCAACAAUGAUGACUACCACGCCCUCUGGCGAAGAAAUACGACCGCCGCUGAAGGCAUUAUGCUUCAAAUAUUUGAUCUUCAGUGGUGCAAAGAAGCUCUGUGAAAACGUCGGAAAGACGUUGCUUGAAGUCGAUCUGAAGACUGCCUGUCAGAAUCAAAUGCAAUUAAGUCGCAAAUUGACUCUUGUCGCAAUUACCAUUCAACGCCGAACCAGUCUGCCAGUCAUCAAGAAUAUCCAACAACCAGCUGCAUAA